AUGUUACCAUUAUAUCUAUUGACCAAUGUGAAAGGUCAAAAAAUGACUAUUGAAUUAAAAAAUGGAGAAGUAGUAGAAGGUGAAUUGACCAAUGUUGAUAAUUGGAUGAAUUUAACACUGACAAAUGUAUCUCAACAUAAUGGAUCCGAUUUUAUUUCUGGACCACAAGUUGAAGUUGUUAAAUCGAAGGAAAUUUACUUACGAGGCACAUAUAUUAAAUAUAUUUCUUUACAAAAAGAUAUCAUUGAUCAAGUCAAGACACAAAUUAAUAAUAAUAAUAUGAAUAAUGGUGGUGGUCGUGGUGGUAAUAAUUAUAGAAGACAACAAAAUAAAUAUAACAGUUCCAACAACUAUAAUAAAAAACAUGGUAAUUACAACGGUAAUAAUAGUAAUAAUAGAAACAGAAAUUAUAACAAUAGUAAUAGUAGCAAUAAUCAACGUCGUUCGUAUUAUAAUGACCACAAUAGAUCACACCAUAACAAUCAUCAACAACAGCAACAACAGCAACAACAACAACAUAAUCAUCAAGAAAGUUAUAACAGCAACAACAGCAACAGCCGUUUCCAUGAUCAAGAACGUGUAGAGUUUUAA